AUGCCUAUCAAGUCAUCGUACGCAAGGGAUCUAGUUCUGGAGAAGUCUUCUGGGACUGAGGGCGGUGUGAUGGGUCACAACAAAGAAAUAUUCGAUGCGAACCUCAAGCAUGGAGAAACCUGCGAAAAGAGUAGCGACUUCUUUACUGCCUAUCCACGGUCCGAUCAUCUUCCUCCUCUGACAUGGUGGAUUGGCGACGGGGGAGAAAAGCCCCUUUAUCUUCGCAAAACCAUCACGCUCGAACGAAAACCGACGAGAGCUGUUGCCUUUGUCUGUGGACUCGGACAUCACCAGCUUAGAGUGAAUGGACAAGCGGCUUCAGAUCAUGUACUUGAUCCAGGAUGGACGGAUUAUCAUACGACCGUUCAGUACGUAGCUCAUGAUGUUACGGAGCGACUUUCGGUUGGAGAGAAUGUGCUUGGGGCACAUAUUGGGAAUGGUUUCUAUGCUGGUGAUCAAGGGGACCGGUUCUUUUGGCCAAAGUAUGAAGAUAAUACAUACGUUCGUUAUGGAAAUGAGCUAUGCUUUUUCGCCGAACUGCAUCUCUUUUACGAAGAUGGAUCACAUGUUGAGAUCUCGGACGACCAAUGGAAGGUUGCACCCAGUGCAACUCUAUUAGCAAAUAUUUAUGCGUCCGAAACUCAUGAUCGCCGCCUAUACCCGAUAGGUUGGGAUGCACUAGGCUUUGAUGAUAGUUCAUGGGAACCGGCAAAAGGGCUGACAGGCCCAAGAGGCGCUCUAAAAUAUCAGAGUCAACCACCAGUUGUCCUUCAUGAAACUUUCACGCCAAUCAAGGAAACCUCUCCACGGCCCGGAACUAUCUGUCUUGAUUUGGGGCAAAACUCAUCUGUCAUGACUGAGAUCGAGGUUGAGGGGGAAGCUGGAAGCGAAAUAAUAAUCAGAUAUGGAGAAACGACAUAUGAAGAUGGCACAAUUUGUAUGCCAGAUCCAUUAUUCAAGGAGUUCGAGACGAAAGUGUACUCGAAAUCAUCCUUGCUGGAACAGAUGAUUGAAGAUGUACGCAAUGCGAAAGAUACGGAAUCGAAAUUGCCGCUACUGCACUCUGUAUGUGGCAGACACGUAUCGUCCGCUUCUCCAAGACUAGGAACUAUGAAAACCGACAAAGAAGACGUCAAUGCCCUUCUUUCGGCAUUGAAGUGGACUUUCUCGAGUAAACUCUUCAGUUACCAAACCGAUUGCCCUCAAAUUGAAAAGUUCGCGUGGCUUGAAGUCACUCAUCUUUUAGCACCGGCUACACAAUACAUGUGGAACAUGGAAUCUCUCUACACAAAGAUACUAGACGACAUUCUGGAUGCCCAGGAGCGAUCAGGUCUCAUCCCUAACAUGGCGCCCGAAAUGAGAUAUAUGUGUGGUCCCUUGCACGACACAAUCACAUGGGGCUGCGCACUCAUCCUCAUCCCCGACAUUCUCCAACGCUAUUAUGUAACCACAAAAUCUAUUGCCAAGAUGUACCGAGCAGGCGAACGAUACAUGGCCUAUAUAAAAGGCAAAGAGCGUUUUGGUGGAUUAAUCGAACACGGUCUUGGAGAUUGGGGUCGAGGAAUCGCGCAUGGAAAUGCACAAGCAAAUAUUGAAACAGCAAUAUAUCAUAAAGGUCUACUCUGCAUGUCGCGAUUUGCUUCGCACUUAAAAUUAGACGAUGAGAAAAAGAGUUGGGAGAGAGAAGCAAAGAGAAUUCAUGAUGUGUAUAACAAGCAUUUGUUAGUAACAGACGAUCCAUCUCGUGCCCACGCUUACUAUACAUCUCGGGACGACUACCCCAAUCGCGAUUGUGACGCUGUAUGUCAAGCUCUCGCUCUCCAAUUCAAUAUGGUUCCCGAAGCGCACAUCUCUGCCGUCCAAACAUCAUUUCUCUCCGAUGUCUCGGAUGGCAAAUUGCGCUCUGGAGAAAUCGGUCUGAGGUAUCUCUUUAACACGCUUGGAGAUUUAGGACGAUCUGAUUUAGUUCUGCAAAUGGCGAGACAGGAGGAACAUCCUAGUUACAUGCGCUUUUUACAUAGAGGAGAAACUACUCUACUUGAGUUCUGGCAGGAUGAAUGUAGGAGUAAGUGUCAUGAUAUGUUGGGGAGUAUUUUGGAGUGGUUUUAUGUCUAUGUCUUGGGCUUGAAGGUUGGGGAGAAGGGAUGGAGAACUUUCACUGUGGCUCCUGAUUACCAUAGCGAGUUUAGUACUGUGGAAGGAGAGUUUGAGAGCCCUUAUGGGAUGAUUGGAUUGAGUUGGAGUAAGAUAGGUAGUGGGAUUGAGAUGAAGUUAAGUGUACCCGUUGGAUCAACAGCUACGGUCGUUUUGCCCAAGGAUAAUUGUCAUGUUUUGAUUUGCAGACAGCAUUCAGGUGAUAAGGAGUGGGCCGAGCAAGGCAACAGGGUUGAGCUUGAACAUGGAGCUUAUGCACUACAUUUCUCGAUAUGA